UUGCUCUCAGUUUACACUCCAAAACCCUCAGGCUCCAUGGCAACUUUAAAAGAGAUCCUCACUCGCCGCCCGGUCGCCGCCACGAUCAGGCUGACGGUGCCAGCCGGUGCCGCAAGGCCGGCUCCUCCGGUGGGUCCAGCUCUGGGUCAGUACCGACUCAAUUUAAUGGCUUUCUGCAAGGAUUUCAAUGCCCGUACACAAAAGUACAAGCCAGACACGCCGAUGGCGGUGACGAUUACGGCGUUCAAAGACAACACCUUCGAGUUCACCGUUAAGUCUCCUUCAGUCACGUGGUACCUUAAAAAGGUGGCGGGGAUCGAAUCCGGUAGCGGCCGGCCUGGGCACGUGGUGGCCUCGACGUUGUCGCUUAAACAUAUUUAUGAGAUAGCAAAAGUUAAACAGUCGGACCCGUAUUGCCAGUACAUGUCGUUGGAGAGUAUUUGUAAGUCCAUUAUUGGGACUGCCAACAGUAUGGGGAUUAAGGUUGUUAAGGAAUUGGAUUAAAUAACAUCAGUGUUUAGGGUUUUGUCUAAACAAAAAUUUUGAAAUGUUUGUACUUCUUUUAUUCGGUGGAUAAGAAUUGUUUUUGUUUUCUUAAGCUUUGAUUUUUAUGGGUUUUACCUCCCAUUUCUCUAGUUAACGUUUAUUAAUCACACAUUUUACGUUACUAAGAUAAUGUAGUGUAUAUUGCAUAGUUUUUUAUU